AUGGCUUCUUUUGCGGAAGCUCCACCUGGUGAUUCGAAGGCCGGAGAGAAGAUCUUCAAGACCAAGUGUGCUCAGUGUCACACCGUCGAAAAAGGAGCCGGUCACAAGCAAGGACCCAAUUUGAAUGGUCUUUUUGGACGCCAAUCGGGCACCACAGCUGGUUAUUCUUACUCUGCUGCUAACAAAAACAUGGCUGUAAUCUGGGGAGAGAAUACGCUACAGAUGUUGAUUGUGAUAGCUUCUGAUGAUGUAAAGUAUGACAUGAUUAGAGUCUUCACUUCUCAUUAUCUAGAGAAUUGUAGUUUAGUUUCUGAACAGUAUAUUAGUUUGUCAUUUGGGACACUGCUUUUCCCUGGUUGUUGGCGAGCUUCAUUGGAUUUUGUGAAUUCCUUUAUGGUUAUUAUUCUGUUGAUGCUUCUUUUUGGAUGGAUGGAAUACAUCGUGAGGGAUAUUUGUCCGUUUAUUCCUGGUGUUUUCCAGUCUGCACGUUUCCCUCUUGCUUUAUUUGAUUUGAUCUGUUUCAAUUUUGUUUUCUGUCAUUUCGGUAACUUUUCUGAUUGGUGCUCCGCUGUGGGUGAUCUCUUUUGGCAGUACAUCCCUGGAACUAAGAUGGUGUUCCCUGGACUUAAGAAGCCUAAGGAGCGGGCUGACCUGAUCGCAUAUCUCAAGGAAGCUACCGCGUAA